AUGCUAGCUGGAAGUAGAAUUUGGUUAGUUUGGCUGCCAUCAGUGUUUGUGGUGAACACUUGUAGUUGUGUUGCUCAAUAUAUUCAUUGUGAGGUGAUUCAUAGAGCCACUAGUGGGACUUUUGAGGUUACCCUAAUAUAUCGAGCCAAUGAUGUUGUUGUUAGGGAGGAGUUAUGGCGGGCUCUUGAGAUGAUUAGCCAUCAAGUGCAAGGAGCAUGGAUUAUAUUAGGUGAUUUUAAUAAUGUGUUGAAUCUAGGGGAAAGAUUAGGCUCUGCAGUUUCUCUGGAGGAAGUAGCUCCCUUUAGGCAAUGUAUUAGAGAGUGUAGAGUGCAGGACAACCCCACAACUGGUCCGUACUAUACAUGGUCUAAUAAGCAAGAAGGGGAAAAUAGAGUCUUUUCGAAGAUAGAUAGAGUAUUAGCCAACUCUAAAUGGUUUGAUUCAUUCAGGAAUGCUUAUGCUAUGUUUCUUCCUGAGGGAAUUUCAUACCAUUGUGCUCGUGUUGUUAAAUUGGACAAUACUAUGGUGGAGAAGGCUAAGUCCUUUAAAUUUUGCAAUAUGUGGGCACUUGAUGAAUCUUUUUUGUCUAUCUUGCAAGCUGGGUGUCAGGAGAAUGUAGAAGGUGUUCCUAUGUAUAAGGUGAGUAUUUAUGCAGACCCUUAUAAUAUAGGCCUGCAUAGGCAGGAGAGGGAAGCUAGGAGAGUCUAUGAUAACUUAAAUGCAGCUAAAAUGAGUUUCAUUAGACAGAAAGUGAAGCAGGAUUGGAUUCAUAAGGGUGAUGAAAAUACAAGCUAUUUUCAUUCCUGUUUGAGGAAGAGAAGACAUCAGAUGCAGGUUCAUAGGAUAAAGGAUGAAGAGGGCGGAUGGCAUGAGAAUCCUAACGAUGUGGAGGGAGCUUUUUUGACAUACUAUAAGAAAUUGAUGGGCUUUGAGAGUGAGGCCACCAGGCAUGUCAGUAACUCUGUAAUUGCUGAAGGGACUAGAGUGGAUGCGAAUAUGAAGCAGAGGCUUAUAGCUCCUUUUAAUAGUGAGGAGGUGAAGAAUGCGCUAUUUAAUGUUGAUGAAAAUAGAGCUGCUGGGCCUGAUGGUUAUUCAAGUGGUUUUUUUUAA